AGCAUAGUUACAAAGUAUAACGAGGACAGAAGAGUCAAGGGUUAAGAAAACAUAUCUGCUGAAACUUCUCAAGGACUAUUUAAAUCUGCCGAUAGACGGGUGCUGAAACAUAUUAUAACGGUAAAGAAAUAUUAAUCUGCAUGGACUUUGAAUCUUUCUUUUCCACCAGUUUUUUUACCUUUCUUUUCUUGCUUCUGACUCUGAAAAUUGUUAAGAAUACAAAAGCCAAAAACAAAAGAGCUGCAAAACUACCUCCAGGGCCAUGGAAGCUGCCUUUGAUAGGCAACAUACACCAGUUGAUCUGCUCACUACCCCACCGCUCUCUGAGAAACUUGGCCAAGAAAUAUGGACCCUUGAUGCACGUGCAGCUCGGCCAAGUCUCAACCGUUGUUAUUUCUUCUCCAGAAAUCGCAGAAGAGGUCUUGAAAAACCAUGACAUCGUAUUUUCCAAUAGACCCCGUCUUGUUGCUUCUGACAUACUGGCGUACAAUUCUACAGACAUAAUAUUUUCCCCAUACGGUGACUAUUGGAAAAAACUGCGAAGAAUCUGCAACAUUGAACUUUUGUGCCCGAAACGUGUCCAAUCUUUUAGGUUGAUCAGGGAAGAAGAGGUGGCGCGUCUAAUCAAAACUAUCUCUUUGAGCGAAGGUUUGCCUAUCAACCUCAGUGAAAAGGUUUUUUCGUUGACAUACGGCAUAACAUCGCGAGCAGCCUUUGGUGGUAAAUGGAAGGACCAAGAGGCACUUGUUUCCAUCGUCAAGAAAGGAGUGGCGCUAGCAUCAGGCUUCUGUCUUGCCGAUAUGUACCCUUCAUGUAAAGUGCUUGAGCUGGCGAGUGGAUUGAGGUUUACGCUUGAGAAGCUGCAUAAAGAGAGUGAUAGGAUUCUUGGAGACAUCCUCAAUGACCACAAACAAAAGAGACUAAAGAGGACUGGAGCAACGAGUCCAGAGCAAGAAGAUCUUGUUGAUGUUCUCUUAAACUUUCAGCGAGAUGGUGAUCUUCCCUUGACUGACAAUAACAUCAAAGCAGUUAUCUUGGACAUCUUUGGUGCUGGGAGUGAAACAUCCUCGACAACUGUGGAGUGGGCAAUGUCUGAACUACUGAAAAAUCCACGGUUGAUGAAAAAGGCACAAACCGAGGUCAGGCAGGUCUUUGAUGCGAAAGGAUACGUGGACGAAACAGAACUUCAUGAGCUAAAGUUUAUUGAAUCAGUAGUGAAAGAAACACUCAGGCUACACCCUUCUGCACCUCUGUUAGUUCCAAGAGAAUCUUCUGAGGACUGCGUGAUCAAGGGGUAUGAAAUACCUGCCAAUACCAAAGUCAUUGUUAACGGGUGGGCAAUAGGCAGAGAUCCAAAGUAUUGGAGUGAGCCUGAAAUAUUUGACCCAGAAAGGUUUCUUGAUAGUCGAAUUGAUUAUAAGGGAAAGGAUUUUGAAUACAUCCCGUUUGGUGCAGGAAGGAGAAUAUGUCCGGGCAUCUCAUUUGCAAUACCUAAUAUUAUAUCGCCGUUGGCACAACUGUUGUAUUAUUUCGAUUGGAAGCUCCCUGGAGGAAUGAAUUAUGAAGAUUUAGACAUGACUGAGGCCUUUGCCGUGACUGUGAGAAGGAAAUAUGAUCUUGUCCUCAUUCCCAUCAGCUAUCAUCCUUUAUCUAUCAAAUAAGAGCAUCACAAUCUAUUAAAAUUAAUAUGGUUUUCUUGUAUACCAAAUAUUUGCAGACUCUGUAGUUCGCACUGCUUAUUUUCUAAGUACAAUUUAGAAAUUGUGUAGAAGCCAUACAAGAUUAUUCAGUAAUAAAUAAAAAGGCAUUAAGUUGCUUGC